AAAAGUUUUGAACAACAAAAUAAACGAAAAGAGGAAAAAUAUUAUUAAACAAUUUAAUAGUUUAUAAAUAUUAAAAAUUAUAAUAUAAACUCUGAAUAAUUAUUAAAAAAUAAAAUUUUGAAAUCUCAAAAAAAUAUUAAAAAAAUGAAUUUUGAAAUUUUGGAAAGUAAAAAUAAUAUUGAAAGCAUUCAAAACUCUUAAAACAUUUUCCAAACUCAAACUCAAAAUUCCCCACAAAAUAUCAACAACUUUAAAUGAACUAUCGAAAAUGUUUCUGCGCCGCGCCAUACAAGUCGCCACAGUGCUAAUCUAUUGGUUCGUCAUUGUGCCGGUGAUUGCGAAAUAUUUGGAGGACAUCAAGUGGAUGCGUCGCGGUAAAUGGACGCGUAAGAAAUUGGGCUUUUACGGCAUAGCCGCCUUCGCCUUCAUCUUCAUCUAUUUCCUCUGCAUGUACGCCUACAUGCUGUGCAAGCGUUGGGAGCGUAAAAUCCUCACCGAUAUGAAACAAUCCGUCUCAAAAGCAGCCGAAUCCGAAGUGCCCUCAGCGGCCACAUCAAUGGCGACGGUCGCCGAAUUGGAGCCACUCGAACGUAUAAGGCCGACGCGUCCAGCCAUCUUACCAGGGCCACCUGUGCACAGUGCGAGCGCACAAUUACUCACCAAGGAGCAGUUGGCGCAAGAGCAGGAUGCCAAUCAGCACCAGCAGCAACACCAACGACCAACUGGCGCACGCAGUAAAGUGAAAAUUUUACGUUCGGCGCCCAAAAUACCCACAGUGCAUCGUUUUCUGCCCUCUCCCACCACCACUACACUGCCUGUAAUUGUCCCUGCACCUUUGGCGCCGCUACAGGAGCAUCCCUACAGCAAUGAGUUGGAGGCGAAGAAUAAGCGUUUGAGUCGCGCGGAGCGUUUGACCACGGAGUUAGCGGAUAUUUUGCGGCGUUAUUAUCGCAUGAGUACGGGUAAUGGCGGCAGUAAGGCACCCACAACAAUGGUGGAGCGUGUGUAAGUGUGUGAAGAAAGGUGGAAAAUAUUAGAAAAUUGCAUAGUAAAUUGGUCUUAAAGCUUUUGAAUAGUUUUUACAUAGUGUUUAGAGAUUUUUCCUGAACUCGAAAUGGUAUUUUGGUGGAGAGAUAAGUCGAAAAAAGCUUUAUAGAUAAAACUUGAGUCUAAAAAUCAACAUUGGCAUAUUACAGUGAAUAUUUAGAAUGUGUGUAAGUGGUGAAAUGAAAAAAAGAAAGUGGAGAAAAAAAUAAAGAAAAUAUUUUAAGAGUUGCUUAGAAGCAAUUUUAUAAAUUUUCACGCAAAUUCGUUUGCAAAAAUAUGACUCAUACUAAAAUGAGUUAUCGAAGAUGACGAUGAUAAUUUUUCUUUCGAAAAACGAUUUGUGAAAGCUAUAAAUUAUAGUUUAGAUGGAAGCUCUUUAGUGAAAUAAAGAUUUUAAGAGAUGCUUAGAAGCAAUAUUUCAAUUUCUCACCAACAUUCGUUAGUAAAAAUACGACUCAUACUAAAAUGAGUUAUCGAAGAAGAUAAACGAUUUGUGAAAGUUCAAAAUGAAAGCUUACACGAAAUGCUUUUAGUGAAAUAAACUAAAUGAAAUACUAUAAUAUGAACCGAAAAUGGAGAAAAAAAUAUAAACUCUAAUGAAAGCUCUGUGGUAAUAUAGUGUAACCUACGGUGUGAUGAAUCACCAAAAUGAAUUAUAAUUUAAAAACUAUAAAUAAGGAAUUAGUUUUUAAUAUAUUUUAUUCGUUUAAAAUUUAUUGAGCAAUAUAAAUAAUUUUGAAAAAAAUGUAUAUAAAUAUAAAUAAAAAUAUGCCUAAAUAUUGAUAAAUAAUAAAUAAAUAAAAAUAAUCUAUAAGAAUUGGUCCAUAUUGGAAAAAUAUAAAAGUGAAAGUUUAAAAAGAAGCUUUAUAAACAGUAACAAUAUAAUUAAUAUAAAAAGCACAUGUAAAGAAUUAAUUAAACUUAAUAAACAUUAGGUUAAAAACAAGGAUAAUAA